GAGCCACAUACCUUUUGAACAAGGUAGGAAUACACUCAAGUGUUCUUCACCAACGCGUCCCGUUAUUUCACCAGUCUUCUGAAGAAACGUUGUGCAUCGUCAUCAAACACUGUUGCGAAAUAAUUCCAUUGGAAAUAGGUUCAAUGGGACGCUCGGGGGAAAAGUGACCCAUAGAAGGGUAAAAACAGUGCUUUAUCAGAAAAAGAAAGUUAGUGCUUUGAUGGGUGUUAUGGUGGAUUUGAACAAUUACAUCUCCGGAUGACCUAAAUAGCCGUUUCUGACAAACACAACCGUGUCUCACGGCCGGUUUCAUUGUUCUUCUCGAAGAAAACAUUAACAUAACGUGUGUUGGUGCGGUCACGGGGUCGGAGAUGACCCCCGGAGUGAGUUAUCGGGAUUAAGUUGCGGGGGUUGUUGAUUAGACCGGCUAAAUGUGGUGUGAUGUGAUUGAACUGUGACAAAAUGGCUACACCUAGGUUUGCACUGAAGCAUGGGCUUUUCCUCUUCCUGGCUUUCGUCUUCAUUGAAGGAUUGGACGAUUAUUCCAACUCGUUCAUCUCUCCGAACUCCGCUCGAGACUCGCACUCAAAAAUUGAGGAAAUUAAAUCAGGAGCUCGCACUUCCGCUCCUGAUAUCAUUUUGGUCACCUCAUCGACGAUAUCUUCGCAGCCACACAAAUUCAAACGGUCGCCCGACCCUAUCUUAUCACGUACAGACGUUGACAGUUUCCUAACGUACAAAAACGUGGGGGAAUCCCUGGACAACAACGACGUGGAGUUGUCCGGACGCGUCCUCAACAUAAAUCCCUCCAAGACUGACCAACACCACCACCGGAGUGAGGUGGAGCAGACCGUCCUCUCGGGGGAAGGCUCGGGGGCUCCUCAAGGCCGGUCCUUGAAGGAGCCCCAGGAGAUCUCGCCGACUGCCACGGUUCCGGCGACUACUGCUACCGCCCUCCCGAAAGGACGACAAGCCAACCCUGACAUCCAGGACAUCAUCACCGGAAUUGUAAAACUGCUCAACGGUAAUGUCAAUGUGCAAGCAAACACGGCGCCGGUAAUGGGGGGCCGGCCUUUGCGGCCGUUGUCAACACGGAUAAACAACAGAGGCCCUCCGAGGAUUACUGACGUGCCUGCUUUGCCGCCCGAUUUUGAUAUCCCCGCGCCGCCGCUGCCGCCGCCGCCACUUGGCCAAAAACCGCCGCCAGUCACUUCGACAAGAAUUCCCACGCCUUAUCCUUUUGAUAUUCCGCCGCAUAAUACUUCGCCGGUUAAGAGGCCGGGGCUUUAUAGGCCCGUUACGAUCCCGCCCUGGAAUAGGAGAAAACCGCCGAGUCGGAGACCCAUCCCGCCGUACAAACCAAUGCCGCCGAUUAACUCCGAUGCUAUCAGUUUGACGACUGAAAAACCCAUUCAGGACAUUUUAACGCUGGAUUUGGGGUCGCAGCUGCAACCCACCGAAGAGGAACUUAAUUACGACGGUUAUGAGGAAAAUAAAAGCAAUCAGACUUUUACUAACUCGAAUGAAAGUAGUGCGCAAUCUAACGAUAAGGAAAUCACUGAUUUUGAAAAGAAUAAAGAGAAAAGCACGUCGAAGAUGAAUAAACAUUCGUCUUCGACCACGAAAACUACGGCAACUAGCAAGUCCCAAACUACGACCCCUAUUUCAACUUCCACAUCAACAUCAACCACCGAAGAUCAAAUAUCUUCAACGUCUACUUUAAUCCCAAUCUUGUCAUCAACAUCCUCCAGCAUUUCUUCAACUAGUACAGCAACUAUAGAACCAACAAGCGUUUUUUCUACCACUAGUACACAAACAACAAGUUUAGCCUUGUCGACAAAUGUCACAAACAGUACAGUGUCAUCCAUAAAAAGUGAAGUGACUCCAGUGUUGGAAUCCUCAAUUCAAGAAGUUUUGCAAACUCUGAAGGAAGAUUUGUUGACUUCAACAACUCUAUCAAGCACUCCAACUGAACAAUUGCCCAAAAUUUCUUCAUCGAAACCCGAAAAAAGCGUUACGGAGGCCAGCUUACAAACUAAUUUAGCAUCAGCUACAGAUAAUAAAACGUCAAGUCAAGGUUUUCCCUACUACCCCUACCGCCCCCGUCCCGGCAUAGUUCUCGAUGACACCGAGUACAAACCCGGGGGCACCCACCGCCAACCCAUUCUGACCCGUCCACCCAUCGGCCAACUGGGCGACAUUUUCGAUAUUACAGUUUCCGCGAUUCAAGGCCCUGGUGGCUCGACCUCCGACCACGGCAAGCCUUACAUUAUCUCAGUCGACUUAGACAACGUGCAUAAUUUAGGCCAGGGUGGUGAUGUCAUCACUAGCCCAGUGGGUGACGAAGGCUUCGUUUCCAUCGACGGCAAACGCACCUACUUGAACCUUUUCGGCGAUGGAAGUGUGUCACUAACUUCAGCGGCUCCAGUCAUUAAGCCUAGUGCACCUCCCAACAACCAAGUCACUGGAACGGGCUACGCCGUGGUCGACGAAAAACCCAAACCGAAUCUGGGCCAAGUGAAACCGACGCAAAGGAGGCCCAUUUAUGGCCGACCACGACCCAGCCAGCCACCUGUGCGGAUCGACACUUGCAUAGUGGGUGACGAUUCGACUUGUGAUGGGUCGCAACACGAAGUGUGCAAGACGGAGGCUGGCGUCAGCGCUUGUCAUUGUCGCCCAGGACAUGCCAGGAGAAAACACCGCGAACCUUGCAGGAAAAUCGUUUCAGUGCUUUUAUCAUUGCGAGUUGAUCGUUUGUACGAAAGGAGGAUUGUUUGGGCAAACGAAUUGGCCGAUAAGUCGAGUACGAGUUAUCAACAACUGGCUUAUGAGGCCGAAAGAGCUUUGGACUCUGCCAUGUCGAUGACACCUUUCAGCGACGAGUUUUUGGGUGCAAAAGUGAAUAGUAUUUAUCGAGGUGAAAGGUCAGCAGGUCAGCCCGGAGUUUUUGUCAACUUGACUCUUCAACUCGACGAAAAUGCUGAAACUGCUAGAUCGUCAGUUCGGGGAGACAUCCAAAAACACUUAUUGGGGGUCAUUCAAAGGAGAAGUAACAAUGUCGGUAAUAGUGCGUUAUGGGUUGAUAGUCCUCCAGGCUCCAUCUCCAAUUUGCAAGACUUGGAUGAAUGCUCAUCACCGGAACUGCACGAUUGUCACGCUUUGGCUAAAUGUAUCAAUGUUUUUGGGGGCUUUAGAUGCGAAUGUGGCGACGGGUAUAGAGACCUUUGGGCUGAUAACAAGCACAGAGCUGGAAGACAUUGUGAACAGUGUUCUGCUCAACACUGCAACAACAGGGGAGAGUGCAAAUACCAAAAUGGAUUAGAAGUUUGCAUAUGUUCUGGCAACUACUACGGAAAUCAAUGCGAGCUUGAUGGCGAGGUUCUUGGAGUCGCAAUCGGAGCCAGUGUUGCAGCCGUCAUCAUAAUCGGGCUGACUCUAGUCUGUUUGGUCAUGUGGAGCCGUCGUUGGAGCCGCGAGCAGAAAGCGGCUGUUGGUAGCCCCGUUUUCGGUUACAUGGCUACUGCUAGUAACACAGUUAAGGCUCCGGUCGUAGGAGCACCUCCGUAUCAACUGACCUUAGAAGAUAGACUGAGAUGGGCUCAAAUCGCCGACGUUAUGGCCCAAGCCAAUCAUUAUGCUGUAAAUUUUCAUACGAAUGAUAAAAGCAAGACAAAUAUUUAUUUAUUGCAGCCGGAACCGGUAACUGGACCAACAAGACCAUCAAGUGCCAUGUUUGGUUAUCCUAAUUUAAGUGGUACUCUUCCGCAUGGUUCAAUGCAUGGGACUUUACCACCUGUACCUUUGCCAAGACUUAAUUUACAAGCACAAAUGGCUAAUCGAGCUGCGAGUGUUCACGGGAUGAGGCCGUUGGAUAAUUCGAGUUCAAGUGAAGAGGAAGAUAAAGCCGAUUUGCUGGGGAGGAAUUUUCAUGUGCCUAGACCCAAAAGCAGAAGCAAUGCAUCAAUUGCUAAUCAAAGUGGUAUUUACUAUGAUGUAGACUAUGACCAGAACGAGAUAUACAAACAGUCCGGAGGAAUCCCCUUGAGUACCUACAGCAUGGGGCGGCCUCCUUAUUACAGAAAUUAAAUGUUGUUUUUGUAAAUAUUCAACAUACAUGUUAUAAAAUAGAUAUUUAUGAAAUGAAUUAAAAGACUAUGGAUAGUAUUAUUUUAGCAGAAUAUUUACAUUGUUAUAAUUUGUAUUUUAUUGACAGUAAGCGAACAAAAGGCAAAUAAUUAGCGGGUAGUUGUUGAUGUUUAUCCAACUGUAUGUAAUUUUUUGUAAAUAUCAAAAUCGACUAUGA